GGUUCACAACAUCUUAUUAUAAAAUGAAAAAAUUUAUUAAAUAUUGCUCGAUCAAAUUUCAGCUUAACUGACUAUAAGAAUUCUCAUCACAUAAAGAUUAAUAUUAUCUUAUGAUCAGAUCAACUUAAAUUUAUUAUAAUGCUUCGCCUUCAGAUGAGAAAUGUUCGGAAACUUGUUGGAAUAAAAAGUAUUUUUUAUACCUUAGCUUUUAUUUUUUGUACCGAAGCUUUUAUUUUGUGGACUAUUUUUGGGAACCGUGAACUUCGAAUCGAUGGCGAAAUUAGAAAAGAGGAGUUGUUCGAAACCAACAUCUCAUUGGUCAAUUAUCCAGCCAAUCACAUUCCGACGCCUUUAUUUGCAUACGAGAACGAAGAUCUAUGUCGGAGUAACCUCGAAGACCUUGUGCUGAUUUUGAUUCCGAGCAGAGUUCUCGCAUUCGACAAGCGAGUCGUCGUUCGCCAUACCUGGACAGAUGUGUUGACUUAUUCAAGAAGGGCAGUUUGGAACUACAAAUUAGUUUUCAUGGUGUCGCUGCCAGCCAACAAAUACGAGCAGCAAAUAAUCCAAACUGAGAAUGAACUCUGGGGCGACAUUGUGGUUCUGAACUUGCGAGACAGCUACUACAAACUCACAAUUCAGAUGUUGAUGUCGUUCGAGUGGGUACACAGACACUGUUCUAAUUCAAAGAUGGUCUAUAAGGCUGAUGAUGACACUUACAUCAAUUUGGCUAUGCUGGAAGAGAUCAUCAGCAAUCGGUUCAAAGGCAAUGUUGGAAUCAGAAGGCUUACGGAUGAGCCGAUUUUCGUUGGUGGAUACUGCACUGAAGGAAACCCGGUGUUCCGAACAGCCGAUGAAUUCACACGAAGAUGGGUUGUGACCCAAGAAGAAUAUCCCUCUCAAUCUUACCCCCCUUGUUGCAGGGGGGCGUUCUAUUUCAUCUCGACUUCGCUAACCUCCAAAAUAGCCCGAAAUUGUCCUUACCAUUGCACUUUACAAACGAAUCGAAACGUGAAGUCUCAAAACUGUUUUUGGAAAUUCGAAGAUGUGUUCUUGGGAUCCUGCCUGUCAUCUAUUAGCCCUAAGCCGGCUUCAGUUAAUGUCCAGAAUGUGUUUUGGUUGUCAGAUGAAACAGAAAAACCGGCUAGUUUAUACGAGAGCACAGCUGUUAUUCACCCAUUAAAAAGUGUAUCGGACAUUUUGACUCAUCACGCAAAGUAUCAAUCAAUCUCUAGAAAACGCUUAAAAGAAAAAAUAGACAGACAUAUGAAAAAUUUAGUCAGCAAUAUCUCGUUGAAAUUAGGCUAACUUCUGUGGCUAACAACUUUGAAAAACCAAAGCAGCAGUAACCAAUUUUUAGAGUAUCUACUGCUUUUUCUGAUAAAUUUAGUUUUGUUGUUGAAAAGACCUAUGUGAAAAGAAUAUCAAGUUGAUUGAAAACAAGCAGAAGAAAGAUCAAUUAAACAUUUGAUUGCAAAAAAACUUAAUUCAUUCUUUGCUCAUAUAUAUAAAAUCUUCAUCUCCAACUUUUCAUUCAAUGAAUUCGAUCACCGGGUUCAA